AUGGGAGGCAAGUGGAAAUUCCUUCUCCCUGCAAAUAAACAUCAUCGUAUAAAGGUUACGUGGUUAUAUUUUUCGCAUACUACAACUAAACGUAUUAUCUUUAAAAUGGGCGCAGGCAACUCUAAAGCAGAACCAAGACCUCAGAUAAAGUAUGUGCCGAAUCCGUCAGACACUGCAAAAAUUGCAAAACUUGAAGCCAAAGUGGACAAGCUAUCCAGAAAGCAAUCAAAAGUUGAAUAUGUGAAAGAAUACGUGCAAGAUCCGCGAUUACUUCGAAAAAUCGAGCGAUAUCAAACCAAGAAUGAAGAGCUAAUGGAAAAAUAUGAAGAACUUUACCAAGAAAUGCAAGACAAUAAGAUUAAAUCUUUCGACGAUUUGAACGAACAUUAUAGUAAGGGAGCAGAAGCAUUGAAACGCAUGGCUGCAGCGACACAGCCAAUGUCAAUGAGUGGAAUUAAUUUUGCUUUUUUUGGUAUCACUUCAUCCGGUAAGAGUACAAUGGUAAAUCAAUUCCUAGGCGAACAAGUUGCAGACACCGGAGCAGGUGAAACAACUACUCAGAUACAACGAUAUGAUGGUAGUGGUUUUUCUCUUUAUGAUAUUCCCGGGAGAAAUGAUGAGGUUUCUUAUUUUUCUAUGGAAUAUAUUGCUUUUUGGAAGGGUUUAACAGCUCUCAUUGUAUUGAUUACGGCAACAGCCAAAGAAAUGACCAGUGUGUUUCGUUUGCUCGAUGCUAUUAACGUGAAGUACAACAUUGUUGUAAACAAAUUUGAUCAACAUCAAGAAGACGAGAGAGACACUCUUAAAACACAGAUUCAUGCAGAGAUCAGACAACUUGGACUUAGAGGCGUUGAAAAUGUUUGGUUCGUCAGCUCCAAGUUUCCUCAAAUGUUCAAUGAUUGGCUUCAAAUGGUUCAUAGUCUCACUGGUAGACCACAUACAUCUAAUAAUAGAACAACAAUGAAUGCUAUAGAAACCAAAUAUGAUGCAUCAUUCUCAUCACAACACAGAGAGAGCUCUGCGACAUCAAGACGUGUACAAGAUCAGUUUGCUUUGAAACUACGCGAACUGAGAUCCAUGGGAUUCGACGACGAAAAUAAGAACAAAAGACGUCUUACUAAAUAUAAUGGUGAUUUAGCUGCUACCGUUGAUUCGCUUCGGCAUAGUACCCGUCGCAAGUGA